AUCGUGCAUGGUUACAUCGUCAGAAUGCUAUUAUCUCUGCCAUAACAGUCAGGAAAGACAAAUAUUCUGGCUGCUAUUGGGUAAAUCACCCACUAAUCUGUGCCUGUGAUAAAAACAUCAUGAAUCUUCCAACGUGUAGCAUUUUACGAAGGCAGUGAUCGUCGGCGAUUUCCUAUUAUAUUUGCUGCAACAAAAUACAUACAGAUAAUAUGGAAGAACAGCAAAAACUUGAUUUUAUUCGAGGUGAGCUAACUGGAGCCAUCCUAAAAGCCUUGAACUUGAAUAACGAGGAUUUAGCUGCAAUCAACCUGUCUACGCCGGAUCAUUUAGAUGGGUUUAUGUCCACCAUACACAACUUAAUUUUAAUCACCAAAGGUAACGAAACAAACGAGGGAAAGACUAUCAGCUUGAUGGUGAAGAUAAUGAAAGGAGACGAAGUGUCAAGAGAAACUUCCCAAACGAACGUCCAAUUCACCAACGAAGUAUACAUUUAUUCCAAAGUGCUUCCUGCAUUCAAGGAUCUCAUAAAGUCGAGAGAUUGUGCUGCCCAGGUUGAUACUUGGUGUCCGAAAGUAGUCUAUAGUAAGGCUGGAGUAAUUCCUAGUUUCAGUAGCAUGUACGAAACGAUUCUUGUAAUGGAGAAUAUGACGAUGGAUGGAUUCAAAAACGGACCUAGGAAUGAUUUGGACGAAGCCCAUUUGACACUAAUGGCCAAAAGAAUCGCCGAGUUCCAUGCGUGCACAUAUGCCUUGAAAAUAAUGGAUGAAGAAUCUAUUAAUACUUUAGUUGAAGGAAUUAUUCCUUUGAACUUCAUUAAAGACGGUCAAUUGUUCAAAAGCUACGCCGCUAUGUUUCGGAAUGGAUUGGAGCGGAUUUUUGGAUACAUUGAUGAACAUCCAGAGCAUUACAACAGUGAACAAUUCAAAACGGAUAUGGCAGAACUUCGCAGCAAAUACGGAAAAGAACCUAUCCGUUUAAUGCAAAAGUUUCUGCAACGAGACGAAUAUUCUGUAAUACUUCAUGGCGAUUACAAUAGAAACAAUGUACUUUUUAAGUACGAGAAUGGUAAUCCAGUAGAUAUCCGUAUGUUUGAUUUCCAGGAAAACCGAUACGCCACUCCAUCGAUUGAUUUGACCUUCUUCAUGUGCAUGAGUAUGGUGACAGGCUUUCGGGAACAAUUUUGGACUGCUCUGCUGAAAUGUUAUCACGGUUCUCUGAUCGAUACGUUAAUCGACAUUCUUAAAUGUGAUAAAAACGACCCUCGUUUGGAAACCUACAGUUACAAUAAUUUUAUGGAUCAUAUGAAAAAGUUUGGACUGUAUGGCGCAAUGGUGGCUGGUCAUUUCCUACCGUGGAUGCUGGGGUCUAAGGAAGAAUGUGCCUUACUGGCGGAAGCCUCGUGGAGGGAUAUAGAGUCCGCAGAGAUGAAACACUUGACCAUGGUAGCCGGUGGCGAAGCAGUAACUAAGCGCUUGGUUGAAAUAUUCCAGCAUAUGAGUGAGCUGGGAUACUUUUCCAUUGUCUAUGAUGAUUAGUUACAGUACAUACAGUGAUAGAAAAGUAUCAAUUUUAUAUCUAGUAUUAGUAUGUAAUAUAACGCAUAUUUUUGAAGUAUUUUAUUUACAAAUAAAUGCAAAACUAAUGUUGCACAAUAUAUA